UGCGGAACACCCUAGCGGGCGGCCCACGUGAGCAACAAUGUAAACAACAACACUGUCAGGAGCGGCGAGUUAAGUGUUAGCUGGAGCCCCACUACUAUACACGUGUUAUUACUACUCCUGCCAGUAUGAAAAGCAGAAUACAAGACUUAGAGACUGAGGGAGAUGGCAAUGGAAAUGAGGUUCCCAGCUUAGAGGAUGAAAUGGCGAGCGGUGGGGAAGAUGAAGGUGUAGAUAAUGAUGAAGAGGAUGGAGAAGAAGACGAAGGGGAUGAAGAUGAAGACGGCAAUGAUGAUGACGAUGGUAUCAGUGAUCAAGAUGAAGAAACAGACCAAAGCAAUAAGAGGAAACUUGUUGACCAGGGUGGAAAAAAAGCAAAGUCUGCAAAAGUCGAGGGCAAAGAUGGCGGCCUGUACCGGCCCCCAACAAUGGAUGAACUGAAUGCUCUCCGGGAGACUCAGACAUUGUAUCAUUCUAACCUCUUUCGUUUGCAGAUGGACGAGGUGUUGGCUGAGGUCAGCAUGAAGGACAAGCAUCGCCAGCAGUUGGAUCAGUGGCUUGUUCAGUUAUCUGCUUUCCUCAAGUCCUUACCAGCCUCAUCAGAAUACCAGCUAAAUAAUACUAAGUGGAUGGAAGAGAAAGGAGUUUGUAACCCAAUAGUGAAGAGCAUGCCUGAGGCCCGAGGAACCUUCCUGUUUGCUCCGCCAACAAAUGUAGAGUUUGUUGGCUCUUUUGUUUCAAGCACAACAACAACAAGGAACACUACUGUUGAUGUUAUGAUCACCUUGCCAAAGGAGUGUGUCCAUGCUGCUGACUGGCGGAAUGGACGGUGGCUGGUGAAGCGAACCAAAUACCUGGCCUGGCUUGCAGUAGACCUACAGGAGAAAACAGAGCUUGUGGCUGGCCUAAACUGGACAACACACUUGGGACGCACAGUUAGACCUGUGCUUCAGGUUACCCCAAGUGGAGGAGUUGGGAAGAAGUGGAAAGUGAACCUCUUUCCUGUCCCUCCACUGCAGAGUUUCAAAGCUACAAGGUUUUCACCAGAGAGAAGUAAUCUUCAGCCAGAGUGGUUUUUUAACAAAGAUGAAUUUAAAGGUAAAGAGCACCCACCAACACCACAAUACAACUGGGCAUGUGCAGUGGAUGUGGUGAUGCCGGUACACCUAAGUUUAAUACAUAAUGUUGUGAGCCAACAUCUUAACCUGGCUCAGGGCAUCAAACUUAUCAAGAUUUGGUUGUCUCAGCGAGGACUAGAUAAGGGUGAGGGAUGUUUCUCUGGCCACAUGGUUACCCUCUUUGUGAUACAUCUUCUCCAGACUCGUAAGAUUAAUCCACAGAUGUCAGCAUACCAAGUGUUCCGUAAUGUUGUUUUCGCUCUUAGCUCUGUUGACUGGACUGUGAAGGGACCCAGUAUGUGCUCAUCCCCACCAGAUGAUGGUCCGUCAUUGGAAGUCAUUCAUUGCCUGUAUGAUGUUGUGUUUAUGGAUCCUUCUGGUGUGGUGAACAUGGCUUCUACCUUAAUUUCAGCUGACUAUUUAAGGGUUAAACAUGAAGCUGAACUGGCACUGUCCUUUCUAGAUUCCUCAGCUUCAGAUAGUUUUGAGUCAAUCUUCAUCAAGAAGGUGGAAAGGUUCCAAUUCAGUGAUCAACUUCUCUCAAUCAGGCUACAAGAAAAAGAUGCAAGACAAGCACUAGAACAAAGAACAGCAAAAUAUCAGGAACACACCAUGGACACUAUGGGUGAUGUGAGAAGACUGGUGUGGUCAUCCAUAAUCAAAACUCUUGGUGAAGGUCUUGGUGAUAGGACCCUGCUCCUGGUGCCAAUGAGGGAAUCUCCAUCAGUAUGGCCUAUAAGCCAGUCUCCUCUUAAACUUCAGUGGUCUUUGGUUGUGGGUCUUGUGCUCAAUCCAACCUCAUCCUGGGCAUUGUUAACAAAGGGCCCACCAGCAGAUGAUCCUGAAGUGGAAAAGUUCAAAACUUUCUGGGGAGAAAAGUGUUCUCUCCGUAGAUUCCAAGAUGGUAGCUUCCAUGAGGCUGUCCUUUGGGGUGAACCAAAACUGUCUAUGGGGGAGCGGCGUUUAAUUCCGGGGAAUAUUUGCAAAUACCUUUUGAAUCGUCAUUAUAAAGUGACAGAAAAAAAUUUGCAUUGUAUUGAUAAACAACUGGAGCGUAUUCUUCAUCAUCCUCAUUUUGGAAUGGAUUAUGAAUAUGCCACUGGGGAGGAAGCCACUGUGUCUUUUAUUCAAGCAUAUGAUUCUCUUUCUGGGAAGCUGCGCUCUCUUGACUUGCCUUUAAAAGUGGCAGCAGUGCAGUCGACCUCUGAAGUUAGCAGGCACACACGGGUGUAUCCCCCUCUACCAAAGGCGUUGCAAAUGAGUGGACGGAUAGUGGAAGCAUGUGAUGACCACCUUCAGUUUUCUGGACUUGCAGGCCUGAGUCGAUCCUUUAACUAUGCUAUGGAUAUAAUUGUCUUCUUGGAGAUAAGUGGAAAAUGGCCAGAUGACCUGGAAGCAAUCCAGGCUAUUAAGACUGAGUUUCAGGGCAAGAUGUGUGAUCUGCUUAAACAAGAUGGUGUCACAGCAGUACUCUUCCCCAAAUUUCUCCAAAUACUUUGGGAGGGCCACUUUUUUCGUGUGCGUGUGUGCUACCUGCGAGAGAUCUACCUGCAGCGACUAGUAGAGACGCCAGAGGGAGACUGGCGGGAACAAGAGACACGUGCUGCUACAUACCUGGAGAAGCAGAUUGAGAUCAUUCCCAGAUACACAACAGCACUAGCCAGUAUUCAGGCAGAUCACCCAAGCUUUAGCGGUGGAGUCCGCUUAUGUAAGCGGUGGGUGGGAUCUCAGCUGCUUCUGCCGCACCUUCCUCAUAUAGCAGUGGAACUGUUAGUGGCAUAUCUAUAUUUGAGUCCAGCGCCCUAUAUGCCUCCCCACACACCUCAUGUAGCUUUUCUGAGAUUUCUUCACCUUCUGGUGCACACUGACUGGAAGACCACACCAUUUCUUGUGAACCUUAAUGAAGCUUUUACAGUGGAAGAUAUUGCAGAGCUCAAUCGCCGCUUCAUUUCCCAGCGUUCAAGCCUUCCACACAUGUUUCUUGCCACUCCCUAUGAGUUACGUGCUGUGUCAAAUACUGAAUCAUCUGCUGACUUGGACCGUCGAUAUAAACUAGCUUCAACAUGGACAAAGAACUCGCCAUCAGUACAGAUCACAUAUCGCUGUAAACAGUUAGCUGAAGCUGCCCUUGGCCAUCUGAAUACCACACUCUUGUGUAAUAAUGUGAAUACCAAGAUGAUUUUUCGACCUUCACCAGAGGACUAUGACGUUAGUAUCAGACUGAAAGUCAAGCAGCUGAGCCGUUGUGAGGAGUCGUUUGACCAAACGUCAUGCACAGCGAUGCAUAUCACACCUUAUGAAUGUAGUCCAGAUGAGAUUAUGCCUAUUGUCAUGUUUGAUGCUGCACAUCUUUACUUAAAAGAACUAAGGGAGACAUUCAGUCACUUGGCACUGUUCUUUCAUGAUGAGCACGGAGGCCAGUUCAUUGGUGUCAUAUGGAAGCCCCAAGCUCUCGAACCACAGGAACUAAAGGUGGGUAGUUUGGAGGGACAUCAGCUAGUGGGUGUGAAGACUGUCAAGCAGGUGCCCAACAUAGAGGCCAUCCUUGAUGACUUCCGAACUAUGGGUGCUGGUCUUAUUUGCCGCAUUAUAGUUAAGAAUAAAUAAUUUUUUCUUGCA